AUGGCGGAAGGCAGGAUCUCCGGCAAGUUAGGGGGGGAAUUCGUCGUGGCGGGGCUGGAGGGGACGCUGCUCAAGGACCCCGAUCCAUUCCCCUAUUUCAUGCUCGUCGCCUUCGAGGCCUCCGGCCUCAUUCGCUUCGUUCUCCUCCUCCUCCUCUGGCCCGUCAUCUCGCUCCUCCGCGCCGCCGGCCACGGCGACCUGGCGCUCCGAGUGAUGGUCUUCGCGGCGGUCGCGGGUGUGCGGGAGACCGAGAUCGCGACGGUCGCGAGGGCCGUACUGCCCAAGUUCUUCGCCGAGGAUGUUGAUCCCGGAGCGUGGCGGCUGUUCAGCUCCCGCCGGAGAAGGGCUGUUGUGACGGCGCUGCCGCGGACGAUGGUAUCGUGGUUUGCCAAGGAGCACCUCGGCGCGGACGAGGUCGUCAGUGCCGAACUUUCGGUCAACCGGUUCGGGAUCGCCACCGGGUUCCUCGAGAAGCAAGCAGACUCGGUGGUGAGUUGCAGCGGCAGUCCUCCACUCGAUCUCCGCAGGACCACGACUCACUCCCUCUACAGCGUGAGCUCCGCCACUGGAAACCCUUCCUCCACUGCCUCUCUUCUGUUUAUUUUUACUGCGCGCGGGGGGGGGGGAGGGAAUGAAACCCUGCCCAGACCUCUACCGCGACACCACGCGGUGGACAGCAGACAUUUAAAUGCAUAUAAUGCUCGCGGAGGGUAUUCUGUUUGAUCUAAGGUCGCGCGGUACUUACCAAUGUUUCAGGAGAAGCUCCGUCCUCAGUUCGCCGCCGGGCUCGAGGAGGAUAAGGUGGCGCCAAUGAAACCCGUCGUCUUCCACGACGGCCGCCUCGUGCGCCGCCCCACGCCCGCCACGGCCCUUCUGGUCGUCCUUUGGAUACCGCUCGGCGUAAUCCUCGCACUGGUGCGCACGGUUGCUGGAUUGGCCGCUCCCUUCCACUGGAUUCGCCCUCUGCUCAGAUACUUCGGCGGCGAGCUGAUCGUGCGCGGCCGGCCGCCGCCGCCGGCGACGAACACGAGGAGCGGCGUUCUCUUCGUGUCCAACCACCGCACCCUCAUGGACGGCAUCACCAUCUCUGUCACUCUCGGACGCAAGAUCCCCUCGGUUACCUAUUCCAUCUCCCGCCUAACGGAGGUCAUCUCGCCAGUGAGGUUACUGCGGCUGUCGAGGGAGCGUGAGGCGGACGCCAAGCGCAUCAAAGAGGAGCUCGCCAAGGGAGACCUCAUCGUGUGCCCCGAGGGCACCACCUGCCGGGAACCCUUCCUCCUCAGGUUCUCCAUGCUCUUCGCCGAGCUGACGGAUCGAAUAGUACCCGUGGCAUUAGACUGCCGAGUCGGCAUGUUCUACCCGACAACGGCUAGGGGAUGGAAGGGUAUGGAUCCGAUCUUCUUCCUCAUGAACCCUAGGCCAGUCUACGAGGUGACCUUCCUCGACCAGCUACCGCCGGAGGAGACCUGCGCCGCUGGGAAGCGGCCCCAGGAGGUGGCCAACGGUGUCCAGAGGAUGCUCGCAGACGUGCUGGGAUUCGAGUGCUCAGACUACACCAGGAAGGACAAGUACAUGUUGCUCGCCGGCAAUGAAGGAAGGACGGAUCGUUCGAGCUAG